AUGCGGGGCGCUGACAGUCCCGUGUUGAGCGACUUUUCCAAAACAUCUGGGGCAGUGAUUACGAGCGUGGCCCUCACCGAUGUAGACAGUCACUUUGUGGCCUCCACAGGUAUGAGUGGCCAGACUAACAAUUGGCUCCUCAUGGCCGAGCAAGCUGCUAAUGUGACUAACACCAGUUGCGUUGUGUGUAUGGGCCCACGGCCCCUCUUGAGAAUCAUUCCCGCGAGUGUGGCUCCUGAGUGUGCGAUUUUUGUGAUGUCUACCCCUUCCAUUCCGUCUGCUCAUCCUUGCUCCAGUUGGGACAAGGUCUAUCCCGUUUCCUCCUUGGCAAAGUCCAAACCCCUUUUUUCCACUGAUGUUGCUAAAGGUAAUUUCACGUGCAUCAAGUUGCCCGGUACCGGCGCAAGCCUAGGCGUUUUGUCAGCUCCUUUGUGCACUUCCCUGUUCUAUGGCGCUGCCUUUUUCUCACCCAUCGCUCGUAGUGAUAUUUGGUUUUGGUGCGACACUGACAAACUUUAUGAUAGUCUCCCUUUUAAUAGCUCUGGUACUUGCGCUUUGGUGACCCUUUUGCUUCCCGUUUUAUUAAUGCCCGCAUCUACUCAUGAGCUAGACGUUUUUAUUGAUUCUUUUGUGCCCCGACCCUGGUCGAGGGCUAAGCGGAGUGCCGAGUGGCAAGGCGCGGCGGAUCCGACCUAUAUAGAUGCCAUUGGAGUUCCCAGAGGAGUGCCGGAUGAGUAUAAGCUGGUGAACCAGAUAGCAGCUGGUUUCGAAUCCUCCAUUUGUUGGUGGUGCACCCUUAACAAAAAUGUUGACAGGAUCAAUUACAUCCACUACAACGUGCAGAGGCUUGGAAAUUGGACCGAGGCGGGCUUCAGAGCGGUCCACUCCCAGCUGGCCGCGACUUCCCUCAUGGCUUUCCAGAACCGGAUGGCCCUUGACAUGCUACUCGCUAAGGAGGGCGGUGUCUGCGCCAUGUUCGGACGACUUUGAGCUCCCACGGCCCCCGAGUUGUCAUCUUCGCAUUGACUCCAUUGAUGAGGCCCCCGCUGUGGACCUGUCCGACCUUUUUCCUGAGUCCGACGUUGUCUGAUUGGCUUCGGUCGCCUCCCGGGUGUAAAUUUGUUCUUAUGACGUAUGAUCCUGCGGCUGAAAAUCUUUUGAAGUAGCCUUUGGGUGAUUUGAGGGUCUCUGAGAACUUAUGAUAAACAGGGGGGAAUUGUUGGAAAAUUGUAUAUAUAUGUUAUCAUGCGUUCUCUUUUAGUUUCUAUAUUACUAUAUUACAGUAAAUGAUGUCUCGUUAGAUCUACCGUUAGAUUAGAUCUGCGUACGUGCGUUCGUUGUUCUGCUUUGCUGUUCUUAUGUCCACCACAGAAUACCACAUCAGCCAAGGUGUGAGGUCUUGUCUCGGUCAGCGAGAGACAGCAGCAACGACAUUGUGUCAGCCUUCCUCAAGUGGCUGACUCGGCACCUCACACCCUCAAGAAAUGGAGCGCUGGGAGCGCCCCUGGUCCUUGCUGAUAAGACUGCUUGAACCCAUUGAACUUGAUGAACUCUGUUUGCUCUUUCCUAUGUCGCCACAUUAGCAUAACGUUUGCAGUAAUCUACACACACCAGAAGUUUCCUGCGCUUACCAAAAGCAGAAACCGUUUGCGCUUCCCCCUACCCUUAUUUGGUUUCUGCUACACAUGUGAUGAGGAAAAUUCCCCAAAUAAAGAGAGCAAGGAUGCAGACAGACUUUAGUGUAGGUUGGGCAUUGUAAGCUGUCUGUACUGCACUCCUUGCGCAAGCUACGACUCAA